AUGGAUAUACAGUCAGUUAAAAUUUUUCUUCACAAUCAACAUUUGCUCAUCCGUCACUUGGAUUGGGACUCAUGUAGUUCGUCUAUAUAUCUCAUCGAGAGUAUGAAGUUCGGAGCAGCCAUCGGUUCUGUUUAUUUGGAUGAUAUGAUGGGUCAAUUAUUUGCUUUAUUUGUUUUAACGGUGGCUGCUGCGGAAUCCGCUAUUGGGUUGGCCAUUCUGGUUAUUACUUUUCGAAUUCGCGGUACUAUUGCAGUGGAAUUUAGGGCGACCGUUCGCGUCUAA